UUGCAACUCCGCGAUAAAACGCGGGCACCCGCUCGAAGAUAAGUAUAAGUAAAUAUACGCGGUUGGCUCAGUCUUCUCGCACGCUCGCAGCGAGAACGAACCGGGGAAUUUUAGAAAGCAGACGAGCCGGAAGAUCCGACGAUGAAUUACAGCAAGUUUGUGUCGAAAAUCGGCAAAAGGCGCAAACCCAAUCUCAUCAGGUCACUGACCGAGGCGUACAUGAAAAACCCGGAUGCCUUGUUUUUUGCUGGCGGCAUGCCAAACGCGUCGAUGUUCCCCAUCGAGGAGAUCUCCGUGACUUACAGCGACGGCACGCGCAAGCAGCUCACUGGCUCCGAGUUGUCACCAGCCCUCCAAUACGGAGCCUCCAAGGGCUACCCGCCGCUGUUGCAAAAGUGGAGGGAAUUCCAAACAAAGUGGCACUCGCCCCGGUACGACGAUUGGGACGUCCAAGUGACCACGGGCUCGAUGGAGGGCUGCAGCAAGAUAUUCGAGCUGAUCCUCAACGAGGGUGACCCCGUCAUGGCCCAAUCGCCCACUUACGGGGGUAUACUCACCGCGGUGAUGCCGUUGAACCCUGACUUUAUCGAGAUCGGCGUGGACGACGACGGAGCCGUGCCCAGCGACAUAGCCAACGCCUGCGAGGAGAGGCUCCGAAGCGGCAAACCGUUGCCAAAGUUGCUGUACGUGAAUCCAACGGGGGCCAAUCCGGUGGGCACGGUCUACACGACGGAGCGCAAACGUGAGAUCUACGAGUUGGCUCGCAAGUACGAUUUUCUCAUAAUGGAGGACGACGCGUACUACUUCCUGCACUUCCUCGACGAGACGCCCGUGUCGUUUUUCUCGCUAGACGUCGACGGCCGUGUCCUACGCCUCGACUCGUGCAGCAAGAUCCUGAGCGCCGGGCUGAGGAUUGGCUUCAUCACCGGGCCCAAGCCGCUCCUGGCGCACGUGGUCAGGCACGUCGAGGCUACCACCCUGCACACGUCCUCCUUGUCCCAGGUAGUCGUCUACCAACUCUUGAACUCGUGGAGCGACGAUCAGAUGAAAAAGCACUUCAGUCAGAUACAAGAAUUUUAUCGGGAGCGGCGAGACAUUAUGCUGAAUGCCAUCGAAAAAUAUUUUACAGGUAUAGCCGAGUGGUCGGUGCCAAAGGGUGGCAUGUUCUUUUGGAUGAAGGUCAACGAUUUGGACGACGUGUACGACCUGGUCAUGAAGACGUGCGUACCCCAGGGGGUUUUCGUUAUGCCUGGACAUGCCUUUUACCCGUCAGACACGAGCCGACCCUGUCGAUAUCUACGUAUAUGCUACAGUAUGGCCAGUCCCGAAGACAUUGACGAGGGUCUAUCCAAAGUGGCGAGUCUCAUCAGACAAUCCGUGGCUGACAAAAAACGGAAACUCAAUGGAUUGACGGCAAAAUGCGUGUAAAAUAUAUUCCUCUUUUCGUUGAAAAUGGGUUUAAUUUGUCCUGCCAAAAAAAUGAUAACGUAUGUAUGUGCGUUUCGAUAUUUGAAUGUACAUUUGAUUGAACGUAUGGUUUUCUAAGUUGGAAAUAAAAAAAAAUUGUUGAAAUAAA